AUGGACGAAAAAAUCGUGGUAGACCCUUACGAAGAGCAGCUGCGUCAUGAGCAAAAGCUCGCGCGCCAGUCUCGUCAAUUGCCACCAGAUGAAGACCUUCCUCAAUACAGCCCUCCAGCAUCUUCAAGCCAUGUAGCCCCUUCCGAUUCAAAAAUGGCCAAUCUUAUUCCACAGCCUCUGGACCCUAAUCGACCGCGCACACUGCCUGCUGGAUCAGGAUAUGGACCUCCAUCAAGCGCAGGUCCCAGUCAUGGGCAUUCCCCGAGCAUUGAGCCGGAUUGCUCACCGGAAUUCAACGCUCGCGGUGUUGAGCAGUACGGUGGCUCUCAAAACCCUGGGCCGGGCUAUGGUACCCCUCAGAAUGCAGGACCAGGAUACGGUCCCCCCCCGACUUCUGGGCACGGGUAUGCGUCUCCUCCAAAUGUAGGAGCAUAUGCUCCCCCUCCAAACGGUGACCCCUAUGGUCAUCAGAAUCCAGGGCCCUAUGGCCCCCCUCAACACAUGGACCAAGGGUAUCCUCUCCCCAACGCAGGGCCUGGUUACGGUACACCAUCUCCAAACGGCGGUCAAGGCUACGGCCCACCCAUGAACGCAGGGCCUUAUGGUCUCCAGAAUCCGGGGCCGUAUGGCUCCCCUCAGCCCACGGAGCAAGGAUACGGUAUUCCCCCAAACGCAGGACCAGGCUUUGGUACACCCCCCAAUGCAGGGCAAGGUUAUGGCCCUCCCCCAAAUGUAGCACCAGGCUAUGGUGCACCUGUGCCCAACAUGCCUCCAAGCAACAUUAUGGCCAUUCCUGCUCUCACACCCGAUAAGGAUGCACCAUUCAUUCGCGCAUAUCCUCCAAUGCUGCAAAAUCACCAGAUCCCUCAAGACUUCUUCUUUAGACUUCUGGAUAAGCUCAACGAUGCAAUGGGCCACAGCCCGCCAAUGCAAGUUCUAGAUGUGACGGGUGGAAUGCUCUCAUCUGUGCCAAUUUUGUUCCCGCUUCGCUGGAUCGGAGCAUCAGUCAGUUCUCUUGCAAACUUCAGCAGUCAAGAAAUGGGAAAGAGCAAGGCCGAUGGUAUUGUUCGCACAGCAAACAAGGAAAUUUUCAAUUCACGCGGAUUGAUAGCUCAGAUCGCUAAGCUUCCGGCCGUUGCUCAAAUCACCAAUAUGCCCGUUCUCGAUUCUGAGGGUAACAUUGAUCCAAACGCACCUCUUAUCAACCAGCUGAGUGAGCUUCCAUGUGGGGGUACAGAUCUUGCCAAUGAAGUGGACUUCCAACAACGACGUAUCCAAUUGUUCCAACCUUGGAUUGCUCCACUCGUGGUUGAUACCGAUCUACCAUGGAAAGGCAAGUCUGGAUUGCACAAAUUCAAUGCCAAGGUCAAAAACUAUCAUCAAGGGGCCGCACGGAAGCAUGGAAGAGGCCCUCCGGUCAUUGAUCCAAGCAAGGCCGACCCUGAUCUUUGGAGAGCCCUUUGGCUUGUUAUUCGACCACUUGAUGAAGAUCAAAAGGGGCCUGUACCACCCAGACUCUACACAGGAAAUACCCGUGGCAACCAGAAAGCGAAAGCAAAAUCACAAAAUUCCCAUUGUUUUGGCUAG